AUGGACAAGAACUGUCGAAGGAGGAGAUCCAGCAAAAAGAGCAAGACAGGUUGUCGAACCUGUCGAUUGCGCCAUGUAAAAUGUGAUGAAACUCCAGGCAUGUGCCAGCGCUGCACAUCCACGGGCAGAAAGUGUGAUGGAUAUGACGCAGAGCGACUACCCAACCGACGAACUACUGCCACAUUGACCGAGUUAGCACCGGAUAUUGCUCGUCGCUUUAGGUGGAAGUUGACUUCCGAUGAGCAACGUUGUAUCUCAUUCUUUCAGAACCGAAUUGGACCAUCCAUAGUCGCCUAUUUUGACUGCGUUCUGUGGCAACGGCUUGUCCUCCAACUUAGCCAGGUCGAGCCGGCUGCCUUUCAUGCGCUCGUCGCGUUUAGUGCUGUCUAUGCGGAUUAUGAAGCCAGAGGUAUACCUGUUGAUAAGGAUGAUAUGGAUAAUACUUUGCAACGAUUUGCACUCGACCAGUGUGCGAGAGCGUACAGGUGGUUGAACUCACGCUCUGCUUCCCAGGAUCCCGGGUUCCGCGAUAUCAUGCUAGUAUGUUGCGUGCUAUUCAUCAUGGUAGAAUGGAUGCGCGGACAGUAUGACACUGCCACCAUACACCUGAAGAAUGGGCUCCGGAUACUGGAAGAUGACCAGACCUUGACGGCAGCAACUGCCGCAUUCAGCUCCGUCUUUGGGCAAUGUCUAGGCGAAUCACUUGCCUCCCUGAAAGUCCAAUCAACUUAUUUUGGCAUCGAAGAGCCAACACAACCACAAUCUCCGAAGAGCUCCGACCCUGGGACCCCAGUUCUCGAUGAUAAGGUUUUUCACAGCCUUCUUGAUGCGCGUCUGACGUUUGAGCCGUUGAUGGGCGAGAUUUUUCAAUUUCAUUUAUUCACCUCCCGCCUCUCCGAGGAACACAUCAGUUUCAACUACAGUCAACUGUCCGACAUACAAUUCGAGCUCUCCUCCCGACUGAACCGAUUCUCCAUCGCACUUGAGUCCUUCCGCCUAUCUUCCUUCCAUCAACUCAGCCUCAAUGCUCAACGAAGCCUGCACACCAUGCAGUUGCACCAACAAGUACUUUCCAUUGUCGUACAUGUCUCCCUCAUCGCCAACGAACACGAUGCUUUAGACUUCUACAGUUCCUCUUUCGAGCACGCACUGUCUCUUGCAGAAUCUAUCAUCGCUAGCUUUGCUGAUCGUCCUAGUGUCUGUCUUGACAUGGGCGUCAUCCUCCCACUCUCCUUCGUUGCAACAAGAUGCCGUGAGCCCGAUAUACGUGCGCGUGCAUUGGAAGUCCUUCGCUCCUGGCCGCAUCGUGAGGGCCCCUGGGAAUCCUCUUUCAUCGCCGACUGUGCUUCAAGACCAUGGAACUCGGGAGAUCCGUUUCUAGCUAUGCUGCCUUAA